AUGGCUAACAAAGACCCCGCCUGGCAGCGAAGGGGGUGUGGAGAUGGAGACCGGGAGAGAGGCGAGCGAGAGCGCGCAGCAGAAGCGCGGAGGGGCGGGGAGACCCGGCAGAAGCGAGGAGCGCCCGAGUCCGCCCGCCUUGGCCGGCCACCAGCCAGCCGCCCGGCAAGGCCCGCCGAGCCGGAGUCCGGGCUCGAAGCGGAGCUUGGCGAAGAGGCCCGGAGGCUGAUGGGGGAUGUAGUUUCCCAGGCGGCUCACACACCCCCUUUUCGCUCGCUGGGCGCGAGGCGGCUGGCGGGGCCGGCAGGCAGCGCUGCGGAAGGCGGCGAGGGGCAGCCGUGGGCGCCGGGGCUGCGAGCCUCUCCCGGCCACCCGAGCCGCCUCUCUCCGGCGGGAGCCCUUUCUCCUCCCAGACUCACCGGGACCAGGGCACGCAGGGUGGGCGAGAGGCCGCCGCCGCCGCUCCGUCCUGGCAGUGCGGGGCAGGUGCAGCCACCCGCGUCCCGGGCGUGGCGGUGCCCUGCUUGGCUCAGGGCUCGCACGAUUCGCGGAGGAAGCCAGGGAAGCCUUCGGCUGCUCCGGCCUCACCCCGCGCCUCGGGACGGGCAGAAAGCCGCCGGCGGGCCCGAAGUGAAAUCGGCGGGGGUGCCUGGCCUGGCUGGGGGCUCUUGUCGUCCAGAGCCCCCGGGGAAGAGAGUGCUGGCCCCUGGGAGUUUGGGCUCUGCCCAGCAGGGACUGCCGGAGUCCCGGAUCCCGAGCCGGGUGACCCUCUUCUGCACCCUGGAGGGUCCAUAA